CCGAGGCGCGAGCUCAGUUGGAAACCUCCUCGCUGUUCGCGCUCGAGCUCUGAAACUUUUCACUUUCCAGCGGAAAUAAAGUGAUUUUCUUUUCCUUUUUCUUUUCUUUUCUUUCUUGUUGAGGGAACUGACAUUAGAGCUCCGUCUGCUCGCCUCUGUGUCAUCAUGCAGGUCUAGCCCAGAGAGCCGCUUAUCAUCAUCAUCAUCAUCAUCAUUAUUAUUAUUAUUAUUAUUAUUAUUGUUAUUGUUAUUAUUAUCCUGGGACUGGAGGAUGAGCUCGCGCCUGCCUUUGGACUUUAGAAGCUAAGGGAGAUUGCACUGCAGCACUGCACGCGCACCUUGACCGGGUUUAACGUGGGUUUUUUAUUUAUUUAUUUUGUUGGUUCUUGGAAAGGUAGACACAAAGCUUGCAUUUAGAUCCUGAAGAAGAACUUUACUGUGUGCGCGGAAUGGAUUUAUGACAGCGCCGCGCGCGAGCUGCGUGUCACCGCGUGCUCUCUCUCUCUCUCUGUGUGUGUGUGUGUGUGUGUGUGUGUGUGUGAAAGUAGUGUGCAUCUUUCUCCACGUGCUCAGGAUUUUGCGCAUGAGGACUGAGUGAUUGUGUGUGUGUGUGUGUGUGUGUGUCAGUCAUGGAAGGUGUGUUUUCAUCUGGAAGUUAAACUCAUUCAUUUUGCUCCAGAUUUUUUUUUAAUCUUGUAAUAUUAAUUUUUUUGAGGUUCUUUGGAUUUCAUCAUCUCUUUCCUAAAUUCCCAAAAAAAAAAAAAAAUCCCUCAACAUUCAUAUUGGAUUUUUUUUAAAGUAACUCAUUUGCAGUGUGACUUUGUUUUUAAUAGCUUGGUGUGUGUGUGUGUGUGUGUGUGUGUGUAAAGAGAAGCAUAUUGCUCCUUUGACUGCAUCCUGCUGGUUUUGGAAAGGAGAGAUGUUUUAGCAUGUACAGUGUGGUUAUGCUGAAGGUUUGAUCUGCCUUGAAAGAGAAAAUUGAGGGGUUCAGACUUGGAGCGCUGCUUUAUUAUUUUUUUUUAUUAUUAUUACUAUUACUUUUAUUAUUAUGUGUGUGUGCGCAAGUUUUUUUUGUCUGAAAGGGAAUUAAAAAAAAAAAAAAAAACAGCUAAAAAUAAAAGGGAAGAAAUAUAUCCCAGCCCCUCCUGGUUUCUUUCUCCACAAAGAAAUCAUUUGAGCUUCCUACCGCAGCAGCCUGAACGGGGACGUAAAUAGUUUCAGCACCAUGUGGAUGUGAUUUUAGAGAGAGAGAGAGAGAGAGAGAGAGCAGACUUUUUUUUUAGAAGGUUUUAAGACUUUGUGUUUUUAUGGGUCACUCCCUGCCAUGUGGUGCGCGAACAUGACGGAGAAACAUCAGGAAGCCGAGCUCGAUUGAAAGUAAAUGUUGAAGAGAGAUCCAGAUUCGUUGGUGUGAAAGUGCUUUGGGAGAGGAGGCAUGGGAUCCACACCGGCGCUCCACACGCUGAGCUUCAUCACCUUCAUCACCAUCCUCAUCUUCACCCUGCAGCACGGCCUGGUGGAGGCUGACGAUGUGCUGACGAAGGAAGAACAGAUGUCCCUCAUCAUCAAUGCCAGGAACAAGUGCGAGAGCUCCAUAAAGUCCAGACACAAAACAGCUGAAGGUAACUGUGUCCCCGAGUGGGAUGGCUUUGUGUGUUGGCCUGAAGGAGCUCCGGGACGAACGGUGUCUGCUUCCUGUCCUGAGUACGUCUACGACUUCAACCACAAAGGCCACGCCUACAGGAAGUGUGAUGUGAAUGGAAGUUGGGAACUGACUGCAAAAAAUAAGACGUGGGCAAAUUACAGCGAGUGUGCAAAGUUCCUCACACACUACAAUCAGAACCAGGAGAGGGAAGUGUUUGACAGACUAUACCUCAUCUACACCAUCGGAUACUCCAUCUCAUUCGGCUCACUCAUGGUGGCCGUCGUCAUUCUCGGAUACUUCCGGCGUCUGCACUGUACGAGGAACUUUAUCCACAUGCACCUGUUUGUGUCGUUUAUGUUGCGAGCAGCCAGCAUCUUUGUUAAAGACGUUGUUCUGUAUUCGGGAUCGAACCUCGAUGAGACUCAACGAAUCACAGUCGAGGAUCUGAAAUCCAUCACUGAGGCUCCGCCCACUGAAAAAUCCAAGUUUAUCGGCUGUAAGAUCACUGUCACGCUCUUCCUGUAUUUCCUUGCGACGAAUUAUUACUGGAUCCUGGUGGAAGGCCUUUAUCUCCACAGCCUCAUCUUCAUGACCUUCUUCUCUGACAGGAAGUACCUCUGGGGCUUCACUGUCAUUGGCUGGGGCGUCCCUGCUAUGUUCGUCACCAUUUGGGCGAGUGUUCGAGCCACACUCGCUGACACAGAGUGCUGGGACCUGAGUGCUGGUAAUCUGAAAUGGAUCGUGCAGAUCCCCAUUCUGACAGCCAUCGCGAUUAAUUUCCUGCUCUUCUUGAACAUCAUCCGAGUUUUGGCUACAAAGCUGAGAGAAAGUAACGCCGGCCGCUGCGACAGCAGACAGCAGUACAGGAAGCUGCUGAAGUCGACGCUGGUGUUGAUGCCGCUGUUCGGCGUUCAUUACAUCGUGUUCAUGGCGAUGCCGUACACGGAGGUAUCCGGAGUGCCCUGGCAGAUUCAGAUGCACUGCGAGAUGCUCAUUAACUCCUUUCAGGGUUUCUUCGUUGCAAUUAUUUACUGCUUCUGUAACGGAGAGGUCCAGGCGGAGAUUAAGAAGUCAUGGAGCCGGAGGACGCUGGCGUUGGACUUUAAGCGGAAAGCACGCAGUGGUAGUAGCACGUACAGCUACGGGCCGAUGGUUUCCCACACCAGCGUGACCAACGUGACGUCGCGGCAGCGUGACGUCAGCAUGCGGCUCACGCCCGCUAACGCUAACGUUAGCACCAAUGGGCACCGGAACCUUCCGGGCUACGUGAAGAACGGCUCGGUGUCGGACCAGUCCAUCCCGUCAUCUGCUCACGAACUCCACAUGCAGGAGGACGAACCGUCCAAGAUGGCGACGGACGAAAAACCCGCACCGUUGGUCGAGGAGGAGCGGGAAACAGUCAUGUGACUUGGUGGAUGUUACAAAGAACCUCAGGAUCUGCUCUUGGAGGAGUUUGCUAGCUUUGCUAAAUAAGCUAACAGCCUAGCGUUUAAAGGCUAAUGAAGGAACUCUGGACCACCAGCAGAAUUCAGAAGACUUUUUUUCAUUGCUGUCAGAUGAAGAUGAUAUUUAAUGUGUAAAAUAUUGUAUAAAUAUAUUCUGUAUAGUGAAAUGUGUGAUUACGUGGUGCAUUUAUUUUUUUUUUGAAGAAAAAAUCAGGUGUUUUUACGUCCUUCUUAAUCGUUCUUGAACUUCUCAAGUGAGUUUAGUAUUUUACAGAAAACUUCUUUUUUGUCAUUUUAGCUGAAACCUUUUAAGGAAAUUAUGAUCUUUUAUAAUUGUUGAAGUAACAGAAAAAAAUUCAGGUUCUCGCAUUUAACGUUUGACGUUUCACUUCGAAGUCGUAACUUUUACUUUCACCAGAACAAACCUUCAGUUUAAUUUUUUAAGAAAAAAAAUCUCUUAAAAAAAAAUCUUUUAUGAAAUGUAUUAAAGAACACGCAAGAUCUUUUCAGACCUAAACUAUUUCACAAAAUCCACCUCGUUCCUGGAAUCCUCCAUUUCUGUGCUUCGUAGCCGUUAGCAUGACUUAUCGCUACGUUGUCGUUGCUUAGCAUUGAAACCCUAGCUUGCUAAUUUCCUCUCUAGUUUGAAAAUUUUUGCUAAUCUGUCUGAUUUAUUUGGGGGUAAAAUUGAUCUAUAUGUUAUAUGUUUCCAUGACCUCAUUUCCUCUCAAGGAUGUUUUUUUUUCUGUCAGAAAUUCUUUUUUUUUUUAAAUUAACAUUCCACACAUUCACGAGUUUAAGAAAUAAGCUUACAGGAAGAAGGGUGAUGCAGCUAUUCGGCUAGCUUUACUAAGCAUACCUAGCAUGGUAGUAGCUAAAUGACCAAAAAAAAAAAAAAAAAAAGCAAUGCUAAUUUAAAUACUUUAACCAAUUUAUUGUCACAUAGCUAGCUAAAUUAGCUAACCCUCUAUUCCGCUAGCAAUAGUUAGCACUUAAGUAGUUGACUUAGCAAAGAACUGGAAUUGAAUUAUCUGAUUUGAAAAUGUAAUGAAUUCAAAUAAAGUAAUUUCUAUUUUUAUUUUAGAAAAUUGUGGAUAUUUGCGCAUUUCUGUGUAUUUAUUCGAUUAAUUCACGUCCAGUCUUUAUCAUUAUUGUCUAAAGUUCGUCAGUUUCACCAUUUAUUUUAUUCCCUUUAGCAGAUUAACCUUCAUCUCAAAUAAAAAAUGAGUAAUAUUUAUUUAUUUGAAUUUUUUUAAAAACACGUUGUAAAAGUGUAAAAUCCACUCAGUGUGUAAAAUUGUGUCGAUUCAUGUACGUCAAAAUGUUUACAAAAAAAAAUCUAAAACAGAAAAUGUUCGUAUUGUGAGCGAAAUGAAGAAGCCGUUAUGCUAAUGUUUCUGUAACAUGAUGGUAACUAUGAAGGGAUCUUAUUUUACUGCGAAACAUCGACGACUUUUUAAAGCAACAUUGCUAGCUGACUUUUAUAAAAUCAAACUUAAAGCUUCUUAAAGCUAAACGUAAUCCUCAGAUGACUAGCUAGCAAUCUGGUCAUGUUAGCCGAGUAGCUAAAUAUUAUUAUUAUUAUUAUUAUUGUUAUUAUUAUUAUUAUAUUUCAUGUAUCAAUUUUUUUUUAAGAAACGCCUCCUAAAUAUUCGUCAGCUGCUAACUAGCUCGCUGGCACGUUAGCUAGUUCUGUACCCAAAAGACUGUUAAAUUGAUUUAUCAACAAAAAAAAAUAAACUUUUAUUUUAUUCAUUCAAGGAAUUUCACAUUUAAAAAUAGUCGUAUGAUCAUUUUCUAAUUAAAUUUAAUCUAACAAUUUAAUUUAAUGAAUAAUUUAUUAAAAUAUUAGCAGUGUUGCUUUAAA